CUUGCUUUUACUCUCGUCGCAUUAAUUUUCUUCUUUAAUUCAUCGUAGUGGGCUGUACCCCUUCCCGAGAAUACAGAUAUUUCGCUUCCAACCCCAUCAACAUAUUUGAACCUUAAUUCAAUUAUGAGUCUCCAAUAUCCACCUCUUCCUUGUGCAUGCGCGUGGUGGACUGACAUUUUGAAUGUGGACGACGAACGAAAAAACGCCGCGACCAACUGUUUCUACAGUGGAGAAGGUGUUGGAGCCAGAAAAAAGUACACAGCGUCGCCCCCGGCAAAGUGGCUGGCUGUAGCAGAGACGCAGCGGGCCGCCCGGAAGACCAGGUGCGGACAGAGGUGGUUGUAACAUGUUAGUAUCACUGUCGCUGCACCGAUCACACGUGACAACAACCACCUGCUUUCGCGACGCUCCUCAGAAGUGGUUACACAAUUCCGGCGUUACGUAAGCAUUACGAAUACACAACAAGUGCCAGCUCGAACUUGGCUGUGCAGCAAGUAGGAAGCAGAAAGUUCCGUGGACGAGGAAUUCUUGUCAGCACUCCAAAGGAUUGAAGAAUCAAACCGAGGAAGCACGAACCAAAACCACGUUCACGACCCCGGAGCUAGCACUGUACACUCAGGAGCGCCCCCGAUUCCGCUUGUGAUCUGUUUCACGUGAGAAGUACCUCCGGCACGCGUUGGAGUUUUUUUUUCCUGUAGCCACCUCGUUUUUCUACCCAAACUUCGCCCAGGAUGUCUUCGUACGGCGAAUUGAUUUCGUCGUUGAAGAUCCUGAAAUCUGUGAAGGAGAAGCGUCAUGCGAUCAAAGCACUGGCGCACCACUGCUCGAACCGGGCGUACCAGCUCCGGAUCGUGCAGGGCGGCGGGUGGAAGGACGCAAUUCUGCCCUUGAUCAUCUCGCUCGACGACAUGUGUCGAAAAUACGCCGCCUUGGCGAUCAGUAAUUUGUCCGUCAACGUCGGGACCUUUCCCCUGUUGCUGCAAGAGGAGGUGAUACGACACAUAGCACCCAUCCUGUACGAGGAGGUGUCGGAGGUUACCGUGUACAUCCUGAUCGCGAUCGGGAACUUCGCGACCAGCAACCUGUUCUGGCCGAUCCUGCACGAGCUGAACAUUUUGAACGGGGUGGUGCUCGUGCUGAAAAACGCGAAAAACAUCGAGGAAGUGAUCAUCAACUGCCUGUUCGCGUUGUCUAACUUUACGGCGGACCCGAUCCACCGACAGAUGAUGGUCGACUUGCGCACGGACGACAUGUAUCAAAUGCAAAAAUGUCUGGGUCUGGAAGAAUGCAAGACUUGUCAUGCAUAUUUGUCAUGACCCAUGAUGCCUGUAAUGCAGGGCCUAGCAUGACAGAUUCUGCGAAAUCCCUAUCAUGCCUAUUCUGCAUGAGAAACUUCCUCUCAACUUGGUCAAAAGUGGACAGCUUUUGGCAUCCAUGCAAGACAGAUUCUGGCACGAUCCAGAAUUAGCAUUACAAGUUGCAACUUUCCAGACCCAGACAUUUUUACAUUUGAUAACAUGGUGUGGCGCUUCAUCGUGUCCGAGUAUCCUGAGUAAAAACGUACCCACCCCAUAGUUGUAAUGCAAAUCUGCAUGCUGAAAAUGUUUCUCAUGCGGAGCCCCAUGAGAAGCAUUUUAUAGUCGUGUUUUGCAAUUUGUCAUGCUCCAAUCAGCAUGGUAUGCUAGAUCUGCGAUGCUCCUCAGCUAGCUCAAACAGCACUACAAUACGAGUCCAAAUUUGUCAUGCAAAACAGCCAAAACUUCUGGAUUUGUCUAGCCGAUUCCCCAUCUUGACUAUGGUGUGGGUACGUUUUUACUCAGGAUACCGAGAACUACAAGAUCAUGUUUUACACGCUGGCUCUGAUCCGCGGGCUGACGGUCACGCCCGAGGGGCAGGAGCGGUUCCCCCAGCUCGGGGUGCUGCCGAUCAUCAUCGGGAUCACGCGCAACCCGGCCAGUCCGAAGGAGCUGAUCCCCAUCGUCCUGGACAUUCUCCUGCAUUUCUCCUUCCGGAGGGAAAAUGCGUACCUGUUGCUCGAGCAGGACGUGAUCGAAUGUUUGGACAAGGCCGCACUGACCAACGACGCCGAGUUCGUACCGAUCGUGCUGUGCAUCAUCGCGAACUUGUGCGAGUCCGUGGAGCUGCACGACAAAAUUGUGGAGAGUCGGUACUUCACGAUUCUGCAGUCGCACAUUUUCAGCGACUCCACCGCGGUUCAGCAGCACCUGAUUCGCGCCUUCCUCCACCUGACGUUGACGCCCAAAUUCCACCACGUGCUGCUCGCGACCGGUCUCCUGUCGAACGUCGUGUCCAUCGCGAUGACGGAGAAGCUGCAUUACUCCAUCCGCGUGAACGCCAUCCAGAUUUUAGCGGCGAUCACGGCGACGCACCCCACGACUCCCACCGAGCAGGAUAUCAUGGAUAUUGUGUUUCUGGCCUGUAACCUGCAGGAGGACAUCGAGAUCCGGCGGUACUGCAUGCUCGCGCUGGCGAACGCCGCGUCGGACGCCGCGAACACCAACGCGUGCCUGAAAAAGGCGUAUUUGGAAGCUAUCCUGAACGUCGUGUCCCAUGGUGUGGACGACGCGCAACUGGCCAAGGAACCCUCGCUGCAGGUGGCGGCGCAGCAAAAAUCCGCGUUGGACUCGACCACGCAGGGCGACAGCGCGGGGGCGGACGCAAUUUUUGUGGACUUUGCGACCCAGUUCUUUCACAACUUGUCCAAGUGCGACGACAAGACCGGCCUGAUGCUGUUGCAGUGCGGGUUCGAAAAGCGGUACCUGCAGCGGGACUUUUUAAAGAAGCUGUCGCUCACCUCCGCGAUCUACUUCUGCGACCUGUGCCGGCAAUUGACGGAUGAAAUGAGCGUCCGCCAGGAACUGACCAGGUCGAUGUUCUUCGCGUCGCUGAUCGAUUCGUGGGAUGGCGGACUGCUGGAGGAGCAGGAGCUGAGUCCGCAUUUGUCGCUGAUGUUCUCCGCAUUUCUGUACUACGCCGACACGCAUCGCGAGUUCGUGCUGCAGGGGGGGCUGCGGAUCCUCGUGGAGAUCUACAACACCUCGAAAAACGAACACGUCCGGCUCUGCUGCCUGUUGUCCCUGCUCUACUUGUCCGACGACGACUUCGCGCAGCGGUCCAUCUCGCAGGAAAACGGGAUUCGCGUGCUGCUCGACGCCUGCGAGAACGAGUCGCACGUCGACCUGGUCACGAACUCGCUGAAGGCGCUGAUCCCCUUCGCGUGCUCCGAGAUCUACCGCCCGCAGCUCGGGAUGAGCGGAGGGUUGGACACCUUUUCUUCGUUCCUGUUCUCGAAUCAAGUCGACUUGAAGCAGCUGGGUGUGUUUUGUCUGCAAAACCUCCUGGAGUACAAGUCGAACCGCGAGAUCUUCCUCGGGAAGCACGCGGAAAAAAACAUCGAGGAGAACUACGUGGAGGUUUUGGCGCAGUUACUGCCCACGGUGAAGAAGGGCGUGUCCGAGAGCAUGAAGAAGAUGUCGCGGAUCCAGAAACGAAAAGAGGAGUCCGAGGUGGGGAUGUUGACCCCGCACGACCCGUUUAUCACCCGGUGCAUCAUCCACUGCUUCGCUUUGAUCUCCCUCGAGCACGACACGGAGGUGCAGGAGCGGCUGAUCAGCUACAACGUGCCGCAGCUGCUUUACAACCUCUUGCACAGCGAGCAGAUCGACAAGGCAAGUGGCGAAUCCAUCCUGCUCUUCUUCGCGGAGAUGCUGCACGGCGUGCAUCGCGUGAUUGCGAAUUUGCUGAAGGACCCCAUCAACAUGGACAGCAUUCCGUUACUCCUCUCCUUCCACCGAAUCGGGAGCAGCAACGAGCACGUCGGGUUCCGCUGCUUGUCCGCGUUGCUGUCCAUCUCGCGCAGUCGGGAGUUUCGCAGUCGCGUGAUCGUCAACCUGCCGGAGCUGAUGAACAUCAUCCACGUCGUGAUCAACAGCACCACGGAGGAAAAGCGCACGGAGCAUUUCUACGGAACGGUCGCGAUUCUGUGCGGUCUGCUCGCGGAGCUGACCCAGUCCGACCCAAAACACCAUGACAAGUUCGUGGAGUACAACUUGGUCGAGACGUUUUUGAUGUUCAUCACGCUCGCGGGCUCCGGGCUCAACGGGCAGAUGUGCGUCGACUUGCUGAUCUGUUCCGUGUACGGGAUCAGUCAGCUCGCAAGCAGUCCCACCCAGUACAAGUUCUUCCUCCGGUCACUGCUCUUCCCGGCGACCCGCGUGCAGCUCUUUGUGUCGUUGCUGCGCCUGCCUGCCGGCGACAUCGACCAGGCGUACCACUACGGCACGACAGGUCUGAAAGCCCUGCAACGGGCCUACCGCCCCAGCCUGACCAGCGACGAGCUGCAGUCGAACCGCUUGGAUUGCGAGUCCUUCCUGUCCCUGGUUGGCACGCUGCCGAGUUCCUUCGUGUACCGGCACGUGCUGCGCGUCAUGUGCAUUUGCGCGAGUGACCGGGAGUACUUCCCGCAUUUGAAGCAGGCUGUGAACCAGAACAACAUGGUCCCCACCGUGCUGUUUGGUGUGCAGGGCGCGUCCGACGCCUUCGCGGAGGUGUUUUCCUAUUCGCUGAUGACGCGGUUGAGUGACGACCUGGGCAUGAAGCCGCUGCUGUCUAACGCCGCCCCGCUGAUGAACCUGUUCAUGGACUACUGCCGCCGGUUCCAGCAGACCUUCGACACCAGUCAGCUGAACUCGAAGUACAAGAAGGCGCUGCUGACGCGGGACACCACCAAAGUCACGGCCACCGCUUUGUCCUUCAACAAGUACUUGAUGGCGCUCUGCGUGAUCGUGAACCUGGUGCACGAGAUGAAGCUGCGGUUCGACCCGGUCACCGGCGACCGGAUGCAGAAAAAGGAGAAAGACCCCAUGGCCAAGUGGCUGUCGAAGGAGGGUGAGGGCGACAGCCAAGAGGGCGGCUUGUCCCGCAACAACGCGGAGUUCAUGACCACGAUCGCGGGCCACUUGCUCGGCUCCCUGAACAUCGAAGUGAUUCUGCAGUUCGCCCGCGCGGUCCGGCAGCAGAUGGAGGAGGUGCGCGAGGAGAAGGAGGAGGAGGAGCGGCUGGGGAUCACGGACGAGGCCGAACCGCAAAACCCGAAGAAGCUCGCGGAGCGCGAGGGCUUAAUCAUGCUGAACGAGGUACAGGAGUACAUCAGUAAGUAUCCUGAGUAAAAACGUACCCACACCAGAGUCAAGAUGGGGAAUCGGCUAGACAAAUCCACAAGUUUUGGCUGUUUUGCAUGACAAAUUUGGAUUCGUAGUAUAGUGCUGUUUCAGCUAGCUCAGCAGCAUCACAGAUCUAGCAUACCAUGCUGAUUGGAGCAUGACAAAUUGCAAAACACGACUAGAAAAUGCUUCUCAUGGAGCUCCGCAUGAGAAACAUUUUCAGCAUGCAGAUUUGCAUUACAACUCUGGUGUGGGUACGUUUUUACUCAGGAUAGUAAGUGCACCUUCGUCAUGGUGCACAACAGCAUGUGCGCGCGUGCGGACUUUGCGCAGGGCGAGAUGGCGCACCGGGCGCCUCUGCCGAGUAUCCCCGCCGGCGAGCGCAUCCGGGUGCAGAACUUCGAUAAGCGCCCCACGCAGUACGAGAUCGAGUCCGUCACGCGGCACAUGGACAAGAAGCCGCAGCGCGCAGACCAGAAGCUCGGCUUGAAGAAAAAGAAAACGUCGGGCGUCUCCGACCUGGUGCCCCCGGCAGACCCGUCGGUUGUCGUGCCCGAGGCGCUGGCUCUCUCCUUCCCCACGAUGGGAAACCUGCAAUCCAAAGUGCGGCAGAUCAUGAAGCUGAUCGGGCGGUGCAUCGAGAUGGGCGUCGGCGUGGAAAUGGCGGGGAUCGGCCUGGAGACGGUCGCGGCCUUGUCCUACUUCGCGCCGUUCGUGAUCGACGAUCCGAAAGUCGUGGUUCGCAUGAUUCAGAUGCGCAUGGACGCGGUUCAGGAGGUUUUGACCAUGCUGGCCUCCAACAUGUUCGCGCACUGGAUCCGGAGCAAGGACGCGGAAAUGAUCAAAGACAUGGACACCGCGUUCAUGUUUCCGCUGCUGACCGGCAACCAGAUUUUCGUGCGGCGGAACCUGAUCGGGUUCCUUGCGAACUGCUGCGUGCACGUGGAGUGCCUGGACUUCGUGAUCAAGUCCGGGAUGCUCCGCCUGUUCACCAACCUCGCGGGCCGGCUGUACUUUGUGGAGCAGUUCCAGGUGAUCCUGGAGAUGAACCGCGCCCUCGCAAACCUGACCACGCACUUCCAGGAGAUGCACCGACUGUUGAACAGCGAGCACGUGAUCGCGUUCCUUGCCGACACGCUGCAGUACUCCUACACCUUUCUCCACGGCGUGUUCACGAAACCCGCCGACGAGAAGGCGAAGCGCGACAAGAAGCGCCGCGAGGAGUACGCGAAGCGGCGCCAGGAGCUGCGAAUGCGCAAGCUGGCGAAACAGCGCGAGCUGGCGCACGCGCCGCCGCUGUACGAGUCGACGAUCACGUUCAAGGAGACGGACCGAGCCCCCCUGGGAAUAAAGCUUCGUUGGCUGGACCCACCCAUCUUUCUGGGCGUGAUCGACGGUACCCCCGCGCAGCGCUACGAAUCCAGUCUGAUGGCGGAGAGCCACGCGCUGAUCACGAUCAACAACCAGCCCGUGCACGGGCUGCGGCAGGACGAGAUCGUGCCGCUGUUCCAGCAGCGCCCGCUCGCUUUGCUGUUCCGCCGCGUGGACGUCCCGGCGCCGCUCGAGGACGCCGCGCCCAUGCACACGGUGGAGGACAUUCUGGAGGAGGAAAUGAUCGAGGACGACGACCUCGGCGACGACGAGGAGCUGGACCCGAUCGUGGUGGAAAAUCAGCGCAUCGCGAAGGGCAUGGGCAUCGACAUCGAGGGCUACGGGGUAAACGACCCGCACGAGACCGGCAAGCAUCUGGACGCCCCAACGGCGGGCACGGAGGACUCCAUGCAGCUGUACCAGGAGUGUUUCCACCUGUGUUUGCUCUCGCUCUAUGGAUUGCACAAAUGUUUGGGUCUGGAAGAUUGCAACUUGUCAUGCUGUCUUUGGAUUCCAAAAAGUUCUGUAUUGCGUGACGAGCAACAGGAGUCCAGUUUGUGUUACGCGGAGAGGGAAUUUCUCAUGCGGAAUAGGCAUCAGGAAGCCCUCUAAAAAUCUGUGAUGCUAGAUCAUGCAUUACAUGGAUCAUACAAAAUAUGCAUCACAAACCCCGGAAUCUUCCAGACCCAGGCAUUUUUGCAAUCCAUACGCGCCACAACCUCUCUUGCACUGCCGAGUGCCACGGCGCGAUCCUGCAGGAACCGAAAAUUCUCGACUUCUACGUCGAACUGGUGCCCUCGUCAGUCGUCACCGCAGAGCUGCGGCGUGUGGUGUUUUCGACGCUCGCGAAUCUGGCCCGGCAGCAGCACGUUGCGGGCAAGAUUUUCAAGGCGAUGUCGCAGUACUACCUGGACCACGAGAACAUUGACAAUUCGCUGGAAAAGUACAUUUUGCUGACCGCAAACCUGCUGUACAUCAACAAUGACCCGGCCAACAUCGAGCCGGACCGCGCGUGUUUCUUGUUCAUCAGCAAAAUCGCGGAAACCCACUUCCACAUUCCGGAGAUUCGCGUGCUCCUGAUCGAAACGCUGCACCGCAUGAGCAUGGCGCCGGCGGAGUUGCGGUACAAGUUCACGAACCGCGAGGUGCUGGUCAUUCUGCUCAAGUUGAUCGACUUCCACGACCAGUUCGAAGUGCAGGUGCGCGCGUUCGAGGCCUGCUACUUCCUGACGAUCGCGUGCAAUGACGCGGAGCUCUGGGAGAACGUGCAGCUGAUCCCGAAGUUGUGGCAGGCAGCCGCGGUAAAGCGAAGGAAAUCCCCGAACAAAGAGCAAGAGGACGUUUUGUACGAAAUGGCCGUGCGAAGUACGGCGCUGAUCACCAAAUACCCAAUUUUGGUGGAGCAACUGCUGUUGUCUUCGGAGCUCGACGGCUUCGUGCAGUUACUGUUCGAGGACGCGAAAAAGUCUGAAGAUUUGCUGCACUCCACGUCGCAUUUGAUGAGCUUGCUGUUGCGGACCCCGCAGGGUGGCAAGUUCUGGUCGAAGUGGUACGCGCAAGGGUUUCUUGGGAAGAUUGCUCUGGAAUUCCAGCGCUACCAGAACAUCCAGCGCCGGCUGGAGCGCGGCGGGCCGGCCGAACUCGAAGACGAGGACGGCAAUGCCAGUCCAAGCGGACGGAAUAAAAUGACCGGAAAGACUCCGCGCGUCUACGACGAGGCGGUGGGGAGUCCGGGCGAGGCUCGGCAGGUGUCCCGGUUCAAGCCGGCGACGUGGACCGAGGACCAGAAAGAGGUAGGGCGGUUCGACCCCACGUUCACGCACAAGACGGGGGAACUCUACCACAGCGAUUUCUUGACCUCGUUGCCCAUUGACCACCGAGGGAUGGGAGCCGCGAACGUCGCGCGAACCGUGUGCAGCGCGUUGGGGCUGGUGCCCAUCAACCCCUACAAGAAGCGCGCAAAGGGGAAGGACCAGCCGGGAAUCAAGGAUUCGGAACUGGUGAUGGACAUGACCGGCAUGAACAACGUCACAGCGAAGCAGUUUGUGCGUGACUGGGACUAUCCGGUGGGCGCCCAGUCGGGGAUACCGACGGCCAACGACCAGGACGUAGAAAUGCUCGAAGAUGGAACAGCAGACUCAAGGACGGGCUCCAAAGCCCAAAUGGGGUCAUCUCCCACAAAGCCAGGUACUAGUGAAACUCAAGCUGGUCGUCGUUUUUGUUUUGCUUCAGACAUACUUCUAGAGUAGUCGGUCUUGUUUCAUCAUCAUCAAAUGAUAAAUUGAGAUUAGAGUUGAGAAUGAGACUUUUUCAGAACGCAGAGCACGUUCGAAAAUUGCGUAAAAGAAUAAACCGAAACUUAUCUUCAGGCACACGUCCUGGCGCGGGCAAAUUUAAGAACAACCAGCAGAUGGCGGAGGCCGUGAAAUCCGUGCUCACGCCCAUCACACCUGUCGGGCUCUCGCUCGUCCACCCGGUCGCGCCGGGACUGGAUUCGCUUCUCCACAUCUUAAGUUACGCGGUGAACGUUGAGGCCGAAGUGAUGGACAUCCUUCGCCACGACGUGUUCAUCGACUAUUUCAAGGCCAGGUUACACCAGCACUGCGUCUUCUACAAGAUUUACGAGGCGAAGUAUGGGACAAAGCCACCAGAGGAGGCUGACACAAAAGAGCCCCUCGAGGUGAAGCGCGACUGGAGGAUAAAAUACGACCGGGCGCUGCGAACUUUUCGGAUCAUGUGCAGACUGCUGACCAUGGUCGCUAGCACCCCCUAUGGCGUGACCGCCCUGGCGCACAUGCAGAUGGUGCCGUUGCUGUCCAUGCUGUUGCACCUGCCAUUCAAAGACAUCCGGUUGGUGGCCGCGCGGUUGCUGUGCGCGCUCUCGAUUGAGAAAACCGUUUGCAUCGAUCUGAUCCAGUGCGCGGACUUUUUGCAGUACUGCAAACAGCUCGAGGAUCAGGUGACGCGAAACAGCACUGCAGUGAACCCUGAGGAGGUGGAGUACUUCGCGACAAUUUUUGACCACUGCUGCGUGUUCAACAUGGCGGAGCUGACCCAGGCGUGUUGUGACAACUUUCUGCACUUGAUUGUCUACCUGAUCGUCUACUCGGAAUCCAUGUCGACCGUGAACCGCAGCAUGCGCGCGUUCACGAACAUCACCCUGAUGUUUCCGGACCAGAUCGUGAAGGAGCUGGAACUCCGGCUGAACUACUUUCUCUGCUUCUCCAUGGUGGUCGCCUGCGUCAUGCGCGACGGCGAGUGGGUCGUGGCGGACACCGCAAAAGCCAAGGACGCCGAGCAGGACCGCAUCCGCCAGCUACAGCUCGAGAAGUUCCGCAUGGCCCGACACCGCGGUCUCGGCGUGUUAGCCGAGAAGGACGCAAACUUCCCCGCAGAGACGAAGCUGCUGCGGCACUACAACCUAGUCUUCUUCGUUCAAGUGCUCGCGCACGCCAGCCCAAAACUGUCCAAGACCAUCUUCGAACAGAGCAACGUGUUGAUGCUGUGCUCGGCGCUGAGGCACAAAUUCAUCCAGGUGUACUCCGAAGUGACGAAAGAGCAGUUUCGGCAGCGCAAUCUGCAGAAGGACGACCUUCUCGCGGACAUGGAAAACCUCAGUCCCAAGCGGGCGCACCGGAUCAAGCAACAUCUGCUGAACCAAACCGCCUGCGAUGCGGAACUGCUGAACUUGACCCUAGCGAUGCUGCAGAUCGUCAACUCAUUGUUCUUUUCGUCCUGGAACCAUUUCGGAUGGGGCGAGCAGUACGCAGACGGACCUGUUUUGGUGAAGUCCCAACCCAUGAACAAGGAAUACGUGGUGUCCAUGGUGCUGAACAUUCUCGAGUUUCUCUACGUCCGCCUUUUCCCGCUCGGAAUCGGGAGUCUGUACACGACAACCGAUCCCGAAACCGGCAAACCGCUUGUUGACGAGCCCGUGCAGCGCAGCGACAAUGGCAUGUUCGAAGACAAGUCCUUCGAGGACAGCGACAACCCGGACGACAAACCCCCACUGGUGGACAUGAAGGAGUUCGCGCACACGGAUCUCGCCACGCGGCGGCGUGUGGCGUACUUUCUCUCGCGGGAUGUGCGGGUUCUCACCGGGUUAUCACAGCUGCUGCGGGAGAUCGGCACGCAGCCGCUGACUGACAGCAUGUUCAACUACGUUCUGCGCUCAGAAAUCUACUACAAAAUGUGCACGGCGGUAAACCGCACGGUGCUGGAGGUGUAUCAAUUGGAGGACGUCGUGGACCCCUACUCCGAGGUGAAACAAAGCACCAACGCGGACCUGGACUCCUUCAAGUCUUCGGUUCGUGCGAGCGGCGAAGGUAUGACUCCGCUGGCGGUUCACAUCAAGGACUGCAACUGGAAUCAGGUACUGGAGAAUGUGGUCAUAUGCCUGCGAGCCAAUCUCUCGCAGUCGCUCUUCGUGGGCAUGAACCCGAAGAAAAUGCCGCAACACAACGCCCUGCAGGAGCAGCCGAAGAACUUGGACAAGAUCGAGUUCUGGCGCUGGGGCUGCCAGGACAAGCUAGUCCUGCACCACGAAGCCAGACAAUUUUUGCCGGAGGUGGUCUACCGCUACCACCACUUGAGAACGAGAAUUUUGACCGAAGCCGUCCAGUACAUCACACUCACGGCGACGUUCCAGGAUUACUGUCAGCUGAAACACAAGGACGCGCACGGGGUGCUGCACCACGUGACGAGCGACAUGCCGCAGUAUUACUCCCUGCUUGAUCCAGUCUACCUCCGGGUCCUUUUCGAUGCUUUGAAUCAGGCCGACAACCCAAACACGCAGAUGUUGGCGGUCUACACGAUUUCGCAGCAACUGUACUACCAGAAGGACGCAAUUCUGCGGGAGUACGAGCGAAUCCAGCAUCUAAUCACCGAGAAAGACGUCUGCAAUCUCGACCAAGUCGCGCUGCCGACCCAGACCGCCACGGCGGACGACAAAUCGGUCGCGGAACAGGCGAAGGACCCCAACCUGGUGAAGCGCUGCCUGGUUCUGAACGAAACCGAGGGGAUUCCGAGGUUGUUCACACAGUGCCUGUACUUGCUCGGGGAGUGCUUCUCGAUGAAGCUGCAGAACUUCGACCGGUCGAAACUAAUUUUGGCAGUGUUGCAAAUCAUCAGCAACCUGUUAACUUACCGGAUCCCCACGUUGACGACCAUCGUGCUGAAUAACGCAUCGUUGGUUCCGCUGCUGAGAAAAACCUUUAGCAGCGUAUUCGGGACGUACGACGGGGUCUCGUCCGCGGACGAGUACAUCGAUGUGCUGGAUGCUUUCGUGCGCGUCAUCCGAAACGUGGCGACCAUCGGGAUUGACCACGAAAAGAUCAUGGUCGACAUCUACAACCGAAUGACGGUCUCCGUGCAGACCGCCACGUCGUCCCUGGCGGGCACGGUUGGCGCCAGUCCCAGCAAGGAGAAAACCGUAAAGGAGCCGGUGGUGAAGAGCAAGGCGGCCGGCGCAGCCGAAGGGCAGUCGGGCUCCCAGCAGCUCUCCGCCACGGCGCAGUUGUCAAGUUCGAGCGCGACAGCGGGCACCAACCACAAUACCAGCACGGCCUACAGUUCCGCGGGGUUCUCGAGCGGCAAGGGAAACAUCAUGACCACCGAAACCGAGAGGCUGCAGCUCGAGACGAUAAUAGAUCGCGUGAUGCACAGCCUAGACUUGUUCUUGCUGAUCGAAUUUUUGGUCGCUUGCACCAACAGGCUGGUGGACACGCCGAGGUUCAUCGAGAACCACGCGAAGUGGAAGACGAAAUUGUUCGAGUCCAUGCUCUUAACCUUCUCGACACUCUUCAGCCACGAGGACAAGAAAACGGAGGGCGCCAUGAUCGACUGGUCGCGGGUGGAGCGCUCGAAGCUGGAGUACUCUCUGCUUUCGAUGCACGAGCACCGCGUCGGCCACGAAAAGCGGUUUGCGGGGCUGUGCAUUGAGGAGACCAUGCUGCGCACGCUUUACUGCAUGGUGAAGCAGGGCUUUUUUUUUCAAUCCAACACCUUUCCGAACACGCUUCAGAUCGCGGGAUACGGGCCCGGAAACGACAACAUCCCGUUCGAGUGCCGCGAGAUCGCGGCCGUUAUUUUGUCAAUUCUGAGCUCCACCAGCGGCAAAAACGCCUCAACGGGCGAUAUCCUAAAUAAUAUCCCGAAAUUUUUGGCCAACCUACGGAUGUUGACCGACCCGAACCAGCUUUUGUGGCACUACAAACUCGUUUGCACCUUCUCCAAACUGCCGAAAGUGAUUGAACAAAUCGCGGCCGACCAGCCGAGUUACGACUUUGUGUUCGACAGUCUGGAAUCCCCGGUGCUGUUUCGGCACAGUAUCGUGAUCGUGCACAAUCUCACCGUGUUGAAGGCGACCAGCAUUCACGCCCGGCCCGGAAGCGUGAAACGGCUUGCGCUGCUGUACAAAAACCUCAUGGCGGCCGCAGACUUGUCGCUGAUAGACGAGUAUGGAGUGCAAAAAUGUCUGGGUCUGGAAGAUUGUCAGAUUUGUCAUGCAGCUUUCCCAUGACCCAUGAGGUCUGGAAUGCAGGACCUAGCAUGACAGAUUCUGUGCGAUCUCUCUCAUGCCUAUCCUGCAUGAGCAACUCCCUCCCGACUUGGUCAAAACUGGACGACUUUUGGUAAUCAUGCAACACAGAUUUUUGCAUGCUUCAGAUUUAGCAUGACGAGUUGCAUUCUUCCAGACCCAGACACUUUUACAUUUGAUAACGAGGACCCGGAGUUCAUGGAACGACCGCAGAAGGUCAAGGACCAGAAUUACGAACUGGCGAAGGCCGUGCGCGAAGACGAAGACAUCACGCAGAAGGAGCUGGACGUGCUGUCCCGCCUGGUGUUGGCCAGUAUCCGCAACGUCGUCUACACCCACGUCGUGAAGGAGAUGCAGCCCGUCGACGCGAUCGCCGUAGAGGACCGCGAGGCGAUCUUCCAGCUGUGCAACAGCGUGUGCAAGGAGGAUCGGUGCCUGUACAUCAGCAUACUCUUCGUGAUGAUCCGUGACAAGCACAUCGCCGUGCAACUGCUCUCCUUCACGCACUGUUUCCAGCUGGUGCUCGACUGCAUGCUGUACCCGCAAAAACACGUGCGGCCCAACAGCGAACAGCAGGAAAAAAAGAAGAUCAAGUUCGGCAACCUGGAACGCGACCAGCUGUACGAGAUGGACUCGCAGCACAUGCAGGACACCUCGGCUGGCGACGAAGCGAACCUGAUGGACCAAAACAAAAACAAAGACCAAAACAUGCGCAAGGACGCAUUGGGUGCGGGGAGUAAGGAGAGCUUGUACCAAAAGCAACGUCGGGUCGCCGCGGAGAAGUCCAUGCAGAAAACGGGGUUCAGCUUGGUGAAGAACAGUAACAUUGCACCUUCGGAAUUCGCGUUCCACGAAGAGUACUUGUUUUACAUGACCACACACAUCUUCCUGCAAGCGACCUACUUGCCCGACGACGAGGCGCCACCGCACAUCCGUGGGCACGAGGCGGUUGAGUUCCAGUCGCCACAAGCGAGGCAGUUUGUGCUGACCAAACUGGCGGACUUGGCCGGUCGUGUGAAUUUAGUGGAAAACUACUUUCAGCGCGUCGACCUGCUUCUGUUCAAGAUUGAUCGCUCGAAGCGAGUUCUGACCGACCUGUAUCUCGAAUGUGUCAGCGAAUUCAUCCUGCACGGACUGACGAUCCCGUGCUUCACGCCCUUCUUCUACCAGCGGCCACUCCCGGACAUGCUGUCGCAGGUGGCCCCGUUUUUGCUCGGCUGGACCAGCCGAAGCAUCGUGAACAAGGCGGCGCUUAUAUGUAUCCGCGCGAAGCUGCACCGACAAACCGUGGUGUGCAUGAAUAUGGCGGAGAAGUACCUGCAAUUUCCGGAACUUGCCUGCGGCAUGCUCACCUACGCGCUGGUGGAUCCCGAGGCUCACUACCUGCAUGAUCAAUACAUCCACUUCGUCAAAGUGUUCCAGCAGAUGCUGCAGCAGAACCUGCUCGCCCCUCUGAACGUGAAUCGGGUCGCGAUCGCAACCACGGUUCUGGUAUCCACGCUCACCGACGAGGACUUUGCGGCAGAGGCCGCGGAGGAGCAAGCGCUGAUCGAGGCGAUGGGGCCAGACGAGGAGGAAGAGCCCGAGGAGGAUGAGGACGAGGAAAACGAGAACGCGGAAGAAGGUGAAGAGGCUGCAACAGAGAACAAAGCCGCCACAGAUAGCAAAACCGACGGUGCGGCGACAGGAGGUUCAGUGGCGCAAGCAGGAGAGCAGAAGAAAGACGAGCCCGCCUCUACUACUGCUGCGCCGAAGAAGGCGAAGAAGAUACAGCUGAUUGAGCAGCAGUACACUGGUAGCAAACUGUUACGGUCCACCUUGCUCCAAAAAGAAUUCGUGGUGUGGGGCCAGUUCCUGGAAGAGCUUGCCGACCGCGGGCACAUCCAUAUGAUCCGCAAGUGUAUGUCGCUACUCGUGGCCGCGACGUGCGGUGGCGGGAACUACAAAAAUUUUCCGCAGCUCGACGACUUCUUGAUUGGGCUAUUGACGAACAUCGAGGACCUGCUCAAGGUGGACUUCGACCUGAUGUUCCCGAUCAUGGUGGACUUCGCUUUUGUCGGCGGGAAACGGGUACAGAUGGUCAUGUACACGAAAAAAGCCCACCUGAACGCAUUGCGAAGGUUCGAGCAGUUUUUGAACGAGCUAACCAAGAUCGAACAGAAGGAAGGCGGGUUCGCGAAGCACGCGGAGGAGGUUGAGCAGCGCAUGUACCGGAUCCGAUGGGUCCUCUACCUGAUGUAUCAAAUGUAAAAAUGUCUGGGUCUGGAAGAACGCAACUUGUAAUGCGUAUUUCAGAAUACAGAAAAGUCUCUCAUGCAUACGUAGCAAAAGCUGCCCACUUUCUGUCAGCGAACUAGGGGAUUUGUCAUGCGGAUUCGGCAUUGCGGAAGCUUCUCGAAACCUGUGAUGCUAGAGCUUUCAUGCCAGACCUUCUGUGUCAUGCAAAAACAGCAUGACUCUUCCAGACCCAGACAUUUUUACAUUUGAUAUGAUGACAAUCUUUUUGACCGACCGCGAGGCGCAGCUGGAGGCACGACAGGCCGAAAUCAUCAAGGACGAGACGUUUGACACGUUCGCCAGGGUGGACCUGCUCCCCGUAGUAAUUCGCUUCCUGAAAGAGCGGUCAAACCUGAUGUCCCCCAUGGACAAGCACUUCUGUGUGUUUAUGCUGGCGUUGUACGGAAACUCCCAGUUUGUGUCGACCAGCAUGGUGGUGCCGGAGAUUUUCAAGCACUGCCAGGCGAUUUUAGAUGACUCGACGGUUAUCGCGAAUGCGUUGACAGCCUGGGACAGACUACCCAGGAAAGAGGCUAUCACACUUCACAUGCACGGGCCGAGCUUGAACGAGUUGAAGAACGGCAUUUUCCUCAAUUUGGUGUACAUGGUACUGGAGCAGGCUAGGUCCAGCCCCAAGGCAAUUACCUUCCAUCCCUGCAUCGAGUUCGCGCAGGGCUGGCGAUCAAGGAACGAGCGGUUUCUCGAGGUCAACGUCACGAGGAAACCGCUUGAGGCGCUGGGCGCCGGGGGGAAGGGUAAGAAGAAGAAGAAGCGCAUUAUGGAUGGGUUGUCCACGGACGUGGAGCGCUACAACCGGGACUUGAGCAUGGGUCGGUAUCGCUUACUGCUCAUCCUGUUUCACACCAUAAAAAAUCCGGAAUCGCAGGAGCUGCUGAUGAACGAGUUCAAGGUAUGUCUCACGUUGGUGAACCUGUUCGAAAACUACUACCCCACCGCGCCCAUGCUGACCAAGAUCGAUCCGGAUACGGGGGAAAUCACGAAGCACUUCGACGUGGACAAGAUGUUGUCAACCAACUGCCAGCUCCCCAAAGAGGCGGCGAAGGGCGCGACCAUUCCGGCGCACCUGGUCGUGAAGGAUGUCGGGACCAGCAACGCCUCGCAGUCGUCCAACACAAGCGGAGCAGCGGCAAACAUGGUCCGCAACGAGGACGGAACGCUGGUGCCGGAAACUGCUUUGGAUACAGACAAAACCGACAGCAUCCUGGAUCCCAAGGACGCCGAGAGCGAGCAGGAGGAGCCUGAGCAGUGCACGCAGGAGCCCGCUAAGGAGAAACCCACGCAGUUCAACUUUGAUCAGCGGCUCCUCUGGGUUCGCAUCGUGUGCUUCCUGCUCGAGCACCAAGCGAAGAAGAUGCUGGACGAAGCACCAAAGUUGCUCGACUACACGCUGGAUAUGGCUUACAAGCUGAUAGAAGAGUACCGCUAUUCGGCCCCCGCGCUCGUCGUCGCGACGGAGUGCCUGAACCAAAUUCUGCCCACGAUGGCGGAACUCUACGAGUACAAAGCGUUCGCGACGAUGCGCAAGAAAUUUGUAAACCUCUGUGUGUACUACAUCUGCGAGGCAAUUUCGCUGCCGCUCCGCAUUAAGGCCUGCCGCGCGCUCGAGAGUCUCUUAGAGGGCCGAGGGAUAAAGUCCUACGACGAGACCUGCCAGAUCCUGAUGCAGAUCGACAUGAACAAGAUCUGGAAGCAAAUUCUGCGGGGCACAAAGGAGGAGCUCUGCAUCGCCAGCAUCAAGAUUAUCCUGGAGUUUGUCGAGAAGGGGCAGUACCGAAGUCGCAUGUACCUCUUGAAGGGAGCCAUGCUCCCGGAGAUUGUGGAUAGCAUGAUGAGCCCGAUGGCAACGCAUGCGAGGGUACUGCUCCUCGCGAAGUUGUUCUCUGCGUUGACAACGGACUUGAACUUCGACUUGCUGCAAAUGCUGAUCCGCACCACGCCAGACAUCCGGCCGUUUUUGGGUCUGGCUCGGUCCAGCCACGAGAACCGGCGGGAGGUGGUGCAAAAAUGGAUCGAGUUCUACGGGAACAGCAUCAUCAACUUUCAGGAUAUCUACGAUGCGUUUGCGCAGUACGGCACGCUGAACGGGUACGUGUACCUGGCGGUGCAGUGUACCACACCUGACGCGCCCGUUUUGCGCCGGAUGAUGCUGCACAUUGUGAUCGCGACCUACAAGAACAUCAGGGUACUCGGUUCCCUGGGCCUGAAGGACUACGCGCACGAGUUUCUAAUCGACAAUGUGCUGGAGAUGUGCCACCGUGGAGGGAGGGAACUGAUUGAAGCCGGGGUGCGAUUCAUGCACGAUUUUCUCCUCGACAACGAGCUGAACCAGUCCGGGGACCUGGUGCAGGCCAUUUGGCGCGCGAAACGAUUGAACUACCUCAUAAAGUUCCUCUACCACAAGUCCAUCGACCAGAUCAAUUUCGCGCCGGAUACCAUGCAUAAGCGAUCGCGAGACGACUGGCCGCACGAGCAAAUCGUGUACAUCCAGGCCAUGACACUGCAGCUGGUGGAGAAAAUCGUCCAAAUAUCUGACGUGCGCGACCGCAUCCGCUUAGUCAAGGAAACCGACUUCUGCGAGGCCCUCUACGCGUUGCUCUAUUACCUGUGCAAUCUGCCAAACCCGCCCAUUGAGGUGGUCGAAGAACCGACCUCGGCGGUCCCCGAGUCGGCGACCGGAACGACGGGCCAGGCUUCAGAUCAACCAGGACAGGCUGCCAGCGCCGCGCACCAGCGCGCCAGCAGUUCAACUUCCGGAACGACAACCUCUAAUCUGGAGCCUCAGGCUGCGAGUAGCGGACAGCAGCUGGAUGUCAGAAGUUCAACGAACAAAUCGAGCGAGAGCAGCAAAGCCAAAAAUCCAUUUGCUGGGCUGUACGAUUCCAUACUUUGUUGCGUGCUCAAGAUGUUCAAGGCCCUCGUGUAUGACGCGUACACCUCGGUGAAACCCGCGUCGGCGCUGCCACCAGGGGUGGAAGAUCCGAACGGCAAACUGAUCACCUUUGCCUGCAAGAACCGAAUAUUGGAGCUCUGCUUCCUGGCCCUCAUGCCGACGCCGACGGAACAAAAUAUGCUUCUGAUUGAGCUGCAGGGCAGUAGCGAGGGGGUCAACAUGAACAUCGGAGGUUCCUUCCAGAAGGCUAUCCCUCCCGGCUGGAUUAAACGCGACACCGAGUCCGGGGUCGCGGAAAAAGUAGCUUCCAUCGCACUGCAGCUCUUGCUGCAGGUCCCAGACGGCCGAGAAUAUUUCGCGUCGAAAGCAACAGCGCCGACAGCGAAAGUCAUGUUCGCACAGAUUAACAGGUACGCUUAUGUACGGUAUGGGAGGUCGUAUGCAAUGAAGCUGAGCUGCUUUUGUCUGUAUUCAUUAGAGCACAUACACGCAAAAGAAAAAGUACAGGGUUUGAGUUUUUGCUUUUUAAGUAAGUAUUUCGUUUCGUUGUUGGCGAUCGCGAUCUCUAAGACGUUCGCACGAUGGAACGAGAGCUGCAGCAACUAAAGCAAAAAAUGGAUAAUGAAAAUUCUCUUCAGGUGGCGACAGACGAUUUUCGACAAGGUGGGUUCAAUCGCGUUGCCCGCAGACAUGUCCUUUGAGGAGCGCUUCGUGACGUUUUACCUCUGCGCACUGUCGAGGUACAACACCGACUGGUUUCUGGAGAACCUUGGGCUGCAUUGGAUGGACCAGAUCUUCAGCAUGCUAUGCCUGAUCUGGGAGAACCACCCCAACACGGUGUUGGCGCACCACGCGCACCGCAUCUGCGCGUCCUUCCUGCAGGUUUAUCCGCUCUGGGUGAACUUCGUGGCCAACCCUACCAGGGCGAACACCAUCAUGCGCGCGCUCGCGCGAAGCCUGGCGAGUCCGGACAUUCGUGAAUACCGCCAUCUUAUCAAAUGUAAAAAUGUCUGGGUCUGGAAUUUUGCCAGGUUUGUCAUGCAGGUUUUCCAUGACCCAUGAAGCCUGGAAUGCAGGACCUAGCAUGACAGAUUCUGUGCGAUCUCUCUCAUGCCUAUCCUGCAUGAGAAACUCCCUCCCGACUUGGUCAAAACUGGACGACUUUUGGUCAUCAUGCAACACAGAUUUUUGCAUGCUUCAGAUUUAGCAUGACAAGUUGCAUUCUUCCAGACCCAGACAUUUUUACAUUUGAUACAUCUACUGCGCACCGUCGCCGCGUACAACGCGUUUCUGUUUAAGUACGACGUCCUAUCACAAAGAAAAAAACUGGCAGGGCAUAUUUGUAAUGCGAAAAUAAAUACACAGAAAAACUUGUCAUGGGGGGCCCCAUAGCAUGCUGCUUCGGAUAUGUAGCGCAGAUCUUUUUGUGUAUUUAUUUUUGCAUUACAAAUAUGCCCAGCCAGCUUUUUUCUGUGUGAUACGUCCUGCCCUACACCACGCUGAAGACCGUGGAAAAGUUGCUCGCGCUCCCGGUCAACAAGCGAUUCUCGGAGCAGAUCGAGUGGAAUGCCGCGAAGCUGCGAGCCCACCGCGAGGCGGGCCGCACGUUGUUUACACCCGACAUGUAUGAACAGAUAAUACGCCGGUCUAACGCGGACCCAGACGUGUUCUCGCGGACGCUAGCGGUCUGGGUGUGUAACGUUCUCUUCGACAACCUGUCCGUCAGCGUCGGACAGGAAGGCACCAGCGCCGCCGGGGGUUCCACCGCCAGCGCGAGUGGGGCCUCCGCGAGUGCAGGCGCCGGCGGCCAGGGGUCCACGGUGCAGGUGGGCGGGAGUAGCAGCAGCAGCAGUUCCACCGGGGCAAACGCCCCUAAUUCAUCCGCGACCUCGCGGCAAACCGGUGGCGCUAGUGGAGAGAUCAAUAAAAAGCACACUUUCCUCGAGGUGGAGGCGCUCAACAUCGAGGCGAUGGUGCGGCGCGCCGGCCUUGUGCGGGACCAGGGCGAGGACGACGACGGCAUAAAGGCUGUGGUAGAUUUGGAAAACGAACCAACCAUACCCAAACUCAACGUGGCUUUCUUCCGACAGUCGGACCUGCUCUGCAGCAUCUUCGCCAGAAUAACGUACAUACUUUACUUAAGAUUAAGUAGGUCCCCCUACCUGUUACCAAAACAUGUAUUUAGGGAAUUUCUGUUUUGCAUUUCCAACGCCUGUUCGUGUGAAAAGCUUGAACUUCAAUUUCUUCAAAUCAAUAAAUUUCUCGAAUAAAAAUACAGGUGCGAUGUAAUGAACCAGAGUUGGGACAUUUCAAUUCGUCUAGGAGGUCUGGCAGCAUCCUUGGGAGCCAUGGAAGCCCCCGAGUUUUUCCUGACGCACUUAGUCGACAACUUUCAGAUAACGCCGGUGAUGCGAGCUUUGCUCCUCCCAUACCCACGAGUGCACCUCGCACAGCUCACGUUAAUCGCAAUCCUGACAAGCCUGAAGCUGCCAAUGAACUCCAACACGAUCCAGGAGUCCUUCCUCAGCAAAUUCUUCAAGUACAACAGUUUUUCUUCAGCAUUUAGAUUUACAUACAGAUACCGCUAUCUGAUAGCGCGUCGAAUAAGAAAGUACUUCUUUUCAUCAAUGGCACCCAAGGCUGCGCCUGCGGUAGUUCGAGUAGGAUCGAUCAUGUACUUGCAGAAAGUCAUGAAAUCAGUACAAUAACUAAAAAUAUACGACUCGCAUCUGAUUUCAGGACUUCCUGUCGAAAUUAUCUUUGGGUGCGCCUUGCUCUCAGGCAAUUAUACAAGAAAGAAACCACAAAACCAUGGGGAUAUUUUUCUCGAAUAGGUUUUCAAAUUAUCGUUCCUCGAACAGAUCGCGUGACACUUUCUUCAUCACAGGCACCAGGAGAACCUGCUGAUCGGCAUAUCAAAUUUCGCUACGAACGGGGUAAUUCCGGACCCGAGCCAGCCUUUCGCAAGGGACGGCUCCGACAGCAUUUCCCCCAACGUGGGGUACGGGCUCAUCUUUCGGUGGUUCAACUUCACUCAUGAGCUGGAUUUCGGGCGGAGCAUACGGUCGCUGGCGGCUUACAUUUUGGGUCAGUGCUUGGUGCCUCCAAAGAAAUCGCCACCGAGUAUUGGCUCCGCGGGUGAGGAGACGUCCACAAAAAUGGAUGUUAUGAACAUCCUCGGCUCUGUCGGCGGUAAAACCCUGGACGAAGCCAUCAAACCAGAGGAGGAGGAGAAGAAAGAGGACCGCAGGGACGCUGUCUGCGAGUACUGUCGACUGAUUCUUUUUGCACCUGUGAUUGCACUUAUGUUGAAACUCUUUCCCAACAAAGAACCGUCGGACGACAACGAUCGAAGCAAUGCGCUUCAGCUCCACCCGUGGCAAACAUCAUUGCUAGUGUCCGCUCGUUUUUGCAUUUCUGCAUAUGAAUAUGUGUUUCUCCUCGCUAGAAGUUCCUUUUUGUGUUUCGAUUUCCCCACGUCCACGCAUCAUAUACUUCACAAAAAUUGCUUAGGUGCCAGGAUCCAACGGUCGAGCUGUCCGAGAUUUUGACCGACGAGAUUGCACGGGAAGACAAGCGCAUGUUGAAGGCACGAGACCCGAAAACCAAGGCAGGGUCCCAAUACUCUAGCUACUUGUGCCAUCUCAUGUACUCCCUAGCGUUUGCCGUCAACACGCACCAGCGGGCGGCAAGUCAAUCGAGUACUAACUUUGAUCUUUUUUGCUGCACCACUGGCAGGAUUGUGUCUGCACCACUGGCAAGGAUUGUGUCUUGAUUUUGCUGUUCGACAACGACAUAGGAUGGAAAAUGCGCCAAGAUGUGAUUUUGAUGUGAUCUGUUCCGCUUGAAUGUCUGUUCCGCUUGAAUGUCUGUAAUGCCUAGGUGAAAGCCAGGUAGUAACGGCAGUCCAGCUCUUGCUUGAGAGAUGCCAUCGGUGUCUUUUUCUUAUGCGAGAUUCUUACUUUUCUUUCUUCGUAGUUGCCGUAAAGUAUUCUUUCUGUCCUCACCACUCUGAGGAAAGCAAGAAUCUAGUCCAUCGGGGGGGAGAGUGGGGCUUGUUCUUUUUUUUUUCCCGUUUGGCCAAUGGGCAGAUUUGGGCCGGCAAGACCGGCGGAUCUUUUGCAAAGAUGAAAACCCCCAAUGACCUUCUUCCUUUUAUCGCGCAACCUCCUACAAGAUUCUUUGAGGUGCCAAGAUUGGGACCAAAGAAUGAAAAAAAACUCAAGAGCGCAAAACAGUAAAAGAAAGAAAAACGCGCCACCUUCCAGCACCCGCCGGGCUGGAAAGGAGAAAACUCAUAUAAAAGAAAAGAAAAGGCAAGGCUCCAAGCCUAGGCGGUGGCAACUGGCGGCGCAGGGCAUAACUUCGUGUUUUCCUGUGGCCCCCGGUGGCGUCGGUAUACCUCUCCUUCCGCUCCGGCGGUUUGAGAGUCAGCGACACCUCUCGUAGCGCUGUGGUUCUUGGAUCCGGUUUGACGUCAGGUUGAGCACAUGAGGAGGGUUGUUCAGCACUGGCGGCUCUUUGGAGGUUGAUCUGCUCACACGGAUGAGGUGGUAGUGUGAUGCUUAUCUGAAGCGCAGCAGCAGUGAGUUUUCGGAUUCACUCACACUGUGCGACUCCCUACGCUUGGUCGUUCACCGCUAAAACGGGUGGUGUUUGGUCUUGCUGUAGUGCCUAAGCUCUCUCAAGCUUUCGCAAAGGACUUACUCUCAGGAUUCAUUAGCUGUAUAUGUCAGACAGUUACUCGCAGGCCAUAAGAGGCGAGCAAAGGGUUGAUCUUUUUUGCUGCUUAUGAAUACGAACCCGAAUAGAUCGCGAGCCUACCAAGUAAAGUAAAAGAUGAAGCUUUUGCUCAUUUCCACUAAUGGCACGCUACUAAGUACAACUUGUUCAACUUUUUCAAUUAUCCGCCACAGACAAAAUUCGGGGCGCGGCAUUGUUUCAGCUGAUGAAGAUCCAGAACAUUUUGUCGCAGCAAAUUGCGCCGAGUGACCUUAUGGACUUGCACGACGGGCGAGACGAGAAACUUUACUUGUAUGUCCGCGCCACUGCCGUGGUUCGGUCGGCCUUGCAAACGGUAAUUAACUCGUGGCUCGCGACCGGUUUCACCGCAAAGGUAAAUACUAGCUUGUGUUGGUGGUUCGUUUUUCGAACUUGUUUGUUUCAAGUCAGUGCAGUCAGUGCAGUCAGCGUUUCUACUUGUCUAAGCGGCGGCACCACAUGAAUUUAUUUUUGACAUGCAGAUGCAAUCGUGGACGUGAAGGUGAAGCGAACAUCAAGGAACCAGCCUCUUGAUGUAUGCUCCUAGCUGUCAUAUCAUCUAUGAGCUGUUUUUGUUUCAUCGAACAACAGGUCGCGCUCGCGUCGGAGCAGGGCGGGUACGACUUGCUGACGUAUUGCACGAAGCACAUCAUCCAAGCCUUCAAUAACAAGACUGCGAUGACAAAGGUGAUGGGCAGUCCGUGGGAGCGGAUCAUGAUGAGCCAGGGCCCAACGCCAAUGAUCGUGGACCUGUACCUGAAGGUGUGCGAGGUCGAAAGCAAUUUGAUUGCGGUGAACAAGAUCGGAGGCCUAUCCUGAGUAAAAACGUCCCCACACCAGAGUUGUCAUGCAAAUGCGCAAUGACAGGAACAUUUGUAAUGCGCAGCUCCAUGAGAGGAAUUUCCAGUCGUGUUUUGGAAUUUGUAAUGCUGUAAACAGGAUGGGAGAAUGGCUUUCUCAUGCAGCCUAUCUUGCCAAUCAGCACUACACUGCAGAGGAAAACUUGUCAUGCACAGCUCCCAAAACUUGGAGGUUUGUGUUGCUAGAUUCCCAUCUUGACUAUGGGGUGGGGACGUUUUUGCUUAGGAUAAGGCCACAAAGCCUUGCACAACCUGUCGCGCUACGGCGACUCCACCGAGGUUCGACAGACGGCAACCAUGCUGCUCACAAAGCUGGCAGUGAUUCUGUCCGACAAAGCGACCGCCGUGCAGCCGGCGCCGGACGCGGCGGCACUCGCAAGCACUAUGUAGCUGCCCCCUCUGGGUAAAGUGGAGGGUCCUGUUUCAACCCAAAGUCAAAGUAUGCGGGCGGCCGCAAGCGCAGCCUACUUCCUAAUGACCUCCGGCGGACUGAAGUUCUCCGCGUUUUUUUAUGUACAAUCGGACUCGCUCCAUCUAGAAGUAGAAAAAAAAGAAACUAGACGAGCUUCUCUGGUGGAGACCAAUAAAACUCCGACUCGUGGUUGAGGCUCUACCUCUACCCUUCGAUAUAUCAAAUUACAAACCGGGUGACGAUGUUUCUCCGCAGCUCGUGGUCCCCCAUUCAUUGUUGUCUAAUGUUAAUGCUAGUACGAUGUUGUAUUGCUAUUGUAGAAUAUCGCACGAUUUGAUUGCGGAACUCUAGGUACUUUUACGUUUACCUCAAUCUAACACGCACACUUUUAUAGGUUUGAUCAAAAGAACUAACGGCUUGGUACGAAUAGGAAUACCAAAAGAACACCAACACACUUUAUAUGAACAGCAUUAAUUCAUCAACUCAUUUUCUUUUCGUUUUCAGCUAAGUACUCAAGACAUUAGAAUUUUUCGCAAUACGGGGCAGCUAUACGCAGCACCAUCGGCAAUAGCGCCUUCGAAGUAGAACGACGCCUCUACUUGCGGUCGAAGGCACCUCGCGCAGCGCAGUAGAAGCAAGGCGCGGAGCCGGAAAUUAAAAGCCUGUUACAAAAAUUAGGAAAGAACUUGCUUUGUUUGAAGAGAACAGGAAAGAGCAUGAUAUUUAAAAUGUUUUGUACGAUACCAAAUUUUCACCAACCUUCUCGUUUCAAUAGUUUACACCAAAUUUAGCUAGGCUAAGCUUUAUUUAAUUCGACAAUGCCCGGCAAGAGGACUUCGAUUUGAUUUAUUUGAGAAGACCUCUGUAGAUCAAGAUGAACUGAAUCAUGUAUGCGGAUGCUGAUCGUGAUGAGCUUAAAAGUAAAAUGUUGACAGGCCGAUAAGCAGAGUGUCCUCUACGCUGCUUGUUUUGGGGUUGAGAUUGAAGACAGAUGCGUUGUUCAUCGGCUUUGUUUCUAUCUCAG